AUGACGGUCUGCACCGAUUGCGGCGGUACUGUCAUCGAAUACGAUGCAGCUGCCGGUAACGGCUUUUGCGUGAACUGCGGAACAGUGGUAGAGGAGAAUACCAUCGUAAAUGAGGUAACCUUCGGCGAGACGAGUAAUGGUGCUGCUAUGGUACAGGGGACGUUCGUUGGUCAGGGUGCCACACGAGCGCGAAUGGGCGGUAUGUUUGGAAAUAGGGGUAACACGGAGAGUAGGGAACAGACCAUCGCAAAUGCGAGCAGAAAGAUUCAGCAAGUCGCAACCGCGCUCAGACUAUCCGAAGUCGUAUCGCUAGCCGCAACCCGCCUCUACACCCUUGCCGUCGAGCACAAAUUUACCAAGGGCCGGAAGAGCAUGAACGUCGUCGCCGUCUGCCUCUACGUCGCAUGUCGACAGAAGGAGACGCGGAACUACAUGCUUAUCGACUUUUCCGACCUGCUCCAGGUGAACGUGUUCGAGCUCGGGCACACAUACUUGCAGCUCGUACAGACGCUGAAUCUACGGCUCCCGCUCGUCGACCCCUCUCACUACAUCUCGCGCUUCGCCGCGCUGCUCGAGUUCGGGGACGAGACGCACCAGGUCGCGAUGGACGCGGUGCGCCUCGUGCAGCGCUUCGACCGUGACUGGAUGACGAAGGGCCGUCGCCCCGCGGGCAUCUGCGGCGCGUGCCUGCUCCUCGCCGCGCGCAUGAACAACUUCAGGAGGAGCGUCGCGGAGAUCGUGCAGGUGGUGAAGAUCGCGGACACGACGCUGAAGAAGCGCUUGGACGAGUUCCGCAGGACGCCGAGCGGCGCGCUCACGCUGGCGGACUUCCGCACGGUCUGGCUCGAGGAUGAGAUGGACCCGCCUGCGUACACGAAGGGGAAGGAGAAGGAAGAGAAGGAGCGCGUGUUGCGCGAAAACGGUGGCGUAAUGCCGGACGAGGAGGGUAAAGGUAAAGGUAAGGGCAAGGCAAAAGCGAAGGGAAAGGGCAAGAAGAAACGGAAGAGGGACUCGGAGGACUCGGAGGAAGAAGCUGAGGCGGAAGCCUCUCCUGCGCCCGAAGACGCUGGUCCUUCCCAGCUGCCUCCGCCCCCGUCGAUAGACGCGGAGCUCUUGAACCAAGGUAUUCUGGCUGGGACGACUGGUCCUCUCCCCCUCUUCCUCCCAGAAGACGGCGACGAUGUCCCUUUCAGUAUGCCCCUGGCCAGUCCGGAUCCCCCCAUCGACCCAGCCCUCCUCGAGCCGGAACCGGAGCGCACGCUCGUCAAUCCCCCGCCCGAGUCGCAGCAAAUACCGAACCCGGACCCCGACCUGCCCCCAGACAAGGCGCUCUCACUCCCCGAGGAGCCGCCGUCGCCGCUUGAUGAGACCGUCACCGCGGUCGUAGAGCAAGAGGUCACAGACUUUCUCACCACCGCCCAAAGCUCGCUGCUCAACUCUGCACUGGACGAAGCCGAGCAGCGACGGCACGAGAACUUCACGGGCGACGACGAGCUGCUCGGACUCGACGAGGAGGAGCUCGACCGCUUCCUGCUCACCGACGACGAGGUGAGGAUCAAGGAACGCGUCUGGGUCGAGAUGAACCGCGACUAUUUGGAGGCACUCGCAGCGAAAGCGGAACUACAAGAGAGCGAAGAUAAGCAGAAAAAGACGCGCAAGCGCCGAAAAACAAACAACAAACCGCGGGAUGCGUCGACACCGCACGGGAGCACCGCCGCCGAGUCCGUGCGGAACCUCAUCAAGAAGAACCCGAAGUACAGCAAGCGGAUCAACUACAACGCGCUCAAGGACCUCUUCACGGACGCGGGCGGCUCGUUCCAGAUGCCGGCGGGGGACGACGAGGACGAGGACGGGAAGGACGAGGGGCUGUACACGCUCGACGACAAGGACGAGGGCGAGGGCAUGCUUAUCGUCGAAGAGGGCGGCGGCGGCGUUGGCCAGGCUCUGCCGGCGAAGGAGCGCUCCGCGAGUGUCGUGCCAGGGGCGCCGGUUUCGGCUGGGGUGGAGAACCUGCUGGAGGCGGCGGACGAUGAGGACGCGGAGGGCGAAGAGGAUGUGGAGGAGAAGGACGACGCGUAUGGAGAGUGGGAUGGGUACGAACAGGAGGUAUGA